AUGCCCACUACACUCGUCACUGGAGCCACCGGAUUUCUUGCCGGCCACUGCGUCGACCAACUGCUCAAGGCCGGCCACAAUGUCAUUGGCACGGUUCGAAACCCUGCAAAGGCCGAGCGACUGACACAGGCUCUGCAGAGCUCUGUGGACUCGGGAAAACUCACCCUGGAGACCGUCAAGGAUAUCCAGAACGAGGCCGAGUUUGAGGCACUGUUCAAGAAGCACCCCAAGCUUGACUACAUUCUUCAUACGGCCUCUCCGUUCAACUUCACUGCCGAGGACCCCGAGGAAGAAAUGCUCAAGCCGGCAAUUCAGGGUACUCUCUCCGUGCUCAAGACCGCUAAGGCCCAUGCUCCCAACGUAAAGAAGAUUGUCAUCACCUCUUCUGUGGCCAGCAACCUCGAUGUUGCCACCUUCUACGACCCUAACACCACUUACACCGAGAAGAGCUGGAACCCCAUGACCUGGGAGCAAGCGGCUGAGAAGGGCAACCCGUUCGCCAACUACAUGGGCUCCAAGCUGUAUGCUGAGAAGGCCGGCAUUGAGUUCCGUGACAAGGAGAAGCCCCAGUUCUCCAUAACCUGGAUCAACCCCACCUACAUUCUGGGGCCCGGUGUUGCUCUCGACAUGAGCGCUCUCAACACCUCGAACGAGGUCCUUGCAAACGUUCUCGGGUCCAAGAAGGGCCAGGACCCCGAGGGAGUUGCCGGCUGGUUUGUCGAUGUCCGAGACUGUGCUCGGGCCCACGUUGUUGCUCUCAAGCCCGAGCUUGACGGAGAACGACUCCUGCUGGCCACCGCCAAGUUCUGCACCCAGGACAUUGAGGAUAUCGCCAACAAGAUCCCCGAGUUCCAUGGCAAGAUUGCAAUUGGAAACCCCGCCAACCGGGAGAAGGAGCUAAACCACGCUUCCCAGUGCGACGCUAGCUACUCCAAGAAGCUGCUUGAUAUCGACUGGAUUCCCUUCAACAAGACUGUCGAGGAUUUUGCCAACCAGUGGUACGAGCAGCAUAAGUAG